AAGUGGAGGCAGAAUUGGGGGAAAAGAGGGCGGAGAAGGGAAGAAAGUGGUGUUGCUGCCAGACGCAGCAGCAGGAGGAAGAAGAGGACGUACGUGCUUUAUCUUAGCGGCUGAGAGUGUGACGUGAUAUUGCAGCCUGCUGCUCCUGGAGCUCUGCGAGCAUUCAGCAAAGACCCCUCUAUUUCUCUCUCUGGUCUCCCCCAGCAUCUCACAUCCAUCCACCACGGAUCUCUUUUCUCUCUUUUUGGACUGGUGAGGACACGCAGACGGAGGGAUCCAUUCAACCCAGGAAAGAAGAAUCGUCUCUGGAAGAUUUUGGUUUCGUCAGUUGUUGUUUUUUUUCCCUAAAUCAGCAGUGGGUUUUUUUUUCCUAUCAUGUUUCGAGCUUGGUUUUGAUGGGCAAAACCCCAGAAGAAGAGGAGCCCUGUUGGGGGGGAUUGAGCGGAGUGUAACGCAUUUUCACCCACCGAACCAUCUUGUUGCGCCGGACUUGUGUCGUCGGAGAUGGAGAGUAUCGAUUCACUGGAGGGCUGCAGAAUUUGUUUAUAAAAGGAUGUGGUAUAUAUUGGGAAAAUAGCCAUAGCUUCUGGGUGUAAGGCCAAAUGUCAUAGGAUGAAGGCUGUUCGAAACCUGUUGAUUUAUAUAUUUUCCACCUAUCUUCUGGUUAUGUUUGGAUUAACUGGUGCCCAAGAUUAUUGGUGUUCCACUCUGGUGAAGGGGGUCAUCUACGGAUCGUACUCUGUGACUGAGAUGUUCCCUAAGAACUACACAAACUGUACAUGGACGCUGGAGAACCCAGACCCAACCAAAUACAGCAUCUACCUGAAGCUAUACAAACGUGACUUGAGCUGCUCUGAGUAUUCGUUGCUUGCCUAUCAGUUUGACCAUUACUCACACGAGAAGAUCAACGAGCUGCUGAAGGUCAACGAGUCUAUAGUGUACCUGUGCGACUCCAAGAAUAUUUAUGUGUUUUUACUGUACGACAAGAAUUUCGUCCAACUGCGGAGAGUUUUCCCUUACGACUACAACGGAUUGACGCCACAGAAGCUGGACGAGGAGGAGAAGUCUAUCGUGGAGUUUCUGGUGUUCAACAAGGCCAGUCCGAGCCAGUUUGGGUGUCAGGUGCUUUGCACAUGGCUGGAAAACUGCCUGAAAUUAGAGAAGGGGACAGUGGAGACCUGUGGGAUCGUGUACACAAAAUGCACUUGUCCUCAGCAUUUAGGUGACGGGGAAUCAGAGAGCAUGCUGAUGCUCAACAAUGUGGUUUUACCCUUAAAUUCCCAAACGGAAGGGUGCUUGUCACCUCAGCUGCAAGCCGGCCAGGUCUGCAACCUGAGUGCAGAAGUGAAAAGACCUCCGAAAGAAGAAUAUGGGAUGAUCGGAGAGCAUACAGUAAAAAGUCAGCGGCCAAGAUCAGUUCAUGACACAAAGGCCCUGAAGGAGCAAGCUGAAUCCGCUAAAUUUAUGGCACAAACUGGUGAAACAGGUGCAGAGGAGUGGUCCCAGUGGAGCUCAUGCUCUGUUUCAUGCGGUCAAGGGUCGCAGGUGCGAACAAGAACAUGUGUCUCUCCAUACGGAACACACUGCAGCGGCCCUUUAAGAGAAUCAAGGGUUUGCAAUAACACUGCCCCUUGUCCAGUACACGGUGUGUGGGAGGAAUGGUCACCAUGGAGUCUGUGCUCAUUCACGUGUGGCAGAGGUCACCGCACUAGGACUAGGAUGUGUGCUCCUCCCCAGCAUGGAGGCAGGGCUUGUGACGGACCCGAGACCCAGACUAAGCUUUGCAACAUAGCCUUAUGCCCAGUGGACGGACAGUGGCAGGAGUGGAGCUCUUGGAGCGAUUGCUCGGUGACCUGUGCCAAUGGCACGCAGCAGAGGACCAGGCAGUGCUCCGCGGCUGCCCAUGGGGGAUCUGAGUGUCGCGGUCACUGGGCAGAAAGCAGAGAGUGCCAUAAUCCUGACUGCACAGCGAACGGCCAGUGGAACCCAUGGGGUCCGUGGAGUGGCUGUUCCAAGUCCUGCGACGGUGGAUGGCAGAGGCGGGUCCGCGUGUGUCAGGGCGCCGCAACCACUGGGCAACAGUGCGACGGUACUGGUGAAGAAGUGCGCAAGUGCAGCGAUCAACGCUGUCCAGCGCCCUAUGAGAUUUGUCCCGAAGACUAUGCGGUGUCAAUGGUGUGGAGACGGACACCUUCGGGGGAAUUGGCCUUCAACAGAUGCCCACCCAAUGCCACAGGCACCACUAGUCGACGCUGCUCUUUGGAUCACCGCGGUAUGGCCUUCUGGGAGCAGCCCAGCUAUGCUCGAUGCAUAACAAAUGGAUUCAGAUACUUGCAGCAAUCAGAGGUUCAGGGCCACCUUGCUAAAGGACAAAGAAUGCUGGCAGGAGAUGGGAUGUCCCAGGUCACAAAAAACCUGCUGGAUCUUACCCAAAGGAAGAACUUCUACGCUGGAGACCUGCUGUCGUCUGUGGAGAUACUUCGAAACGUGACAGAGACUUUUAAAAGAGCGAGCUAUGAACCGUCCUCAGAUGAUGUACAAAACUUCUUUCAAAUCAUCAGCAACCUCCUGGAGGAGGAAAAUAAAGAGAAAUGGGAAGAUGCUCAAAAGAUAUAUCCUGGAGCGGUGGAGCUGAUGCAGGUCAUAGAAGAAUUCAUCCACAUCGUUGGACUGGGCAUGAAAGACUUCCACAAUGCUUAUCUGAUGACUGGGAACUUGGUGGCGAGCAUUCAGAGACUUCCUGCGGUGUCUGUGAUGACUGACAUCAACUUCCCGAUGAAGGGUCGUAAAGGCAUGGUCGACUGGGCGAGGAACUCUGAGGAUAAAGUGGUCAUCCCCAAGGGCCUCUUUGUUUCUCAGUCAGCAGAUAUGGAAGGAUCACCGGUCUUCAUUCUCGGAACAGUUCUCUACAAGACUCUUGGACUCAUGCUGCCUUCACCAAAGAACUACACUGUUGUGAACUCAAAAGUUAUCGCUGUGACAGUACGGCCUGAGCCCAAGACAAUCGACGUGCACCUGGAGAUUGAACUGGCUCAUCUGACAAAUGGAACAAUAAACCCGUACUGUGCACUGUGGGACAGCAACAUCAUGAACGAUUCUUGGGGAUCCUGGUCCUCUAAAGGAUGUAAGACGGUGCUCACAGAUGCAUCCCAUACAAAAUGCCUAUGUGAUCGUGUAUCUACCUUCGCCAUUUUGGCUCAGCAACCAAGAGAAAUAACCAUGGAGUACUCAGGGGUCCCAUCUGUGACACUGAUAGUUGGCUGUGGUCUGUCUUGCCUCGCCUUGAUCACGUUGGCAGUCAUCUACGCUGUGCUAUGGAGAUAUAUUCGUUCUGAGCGCUCUAUCAUCCUCCUGAACUUCUGCCUCUCUAUCAUCUGCUCCAACAUCUUAAUCCUGGUUGGACAGACACAGACUCACAAUGCAGGCGUCUGCAUCAUGACCACCGCCUUCCUGCACUUCUUCUUCCUGGCCUCCUUCUGUUGGGUCCUCACUGAAGCUUGGCAGUCCUACAUGGCAGUGACUGGAAAAGUUCGGACCAGGCUGAUACGCAAGCGCUUCCUGUGUCUGGGCUGGGGAUUGCCAGCUCUGGUCGUUGCUGUUUCCAUGGGUUUCACCAAAACAAAAGGCUACGGGACACCCUCAUACUGCUGGCUGUCUUUGGAGGGUGGACUUCUGUAUGCCUUCGUUGGACCAGCAGCUGCUGUUGUUCUGGUCAACAUGGUGAUUGGUAUCUUGGUGUUUAAUAAAUUAGUGUCCAGAGAUGGUAUUCUGGACAAAAAGCUGAAACACCGUGCAGGGUAUGACAGCACGUCCUUACAGAUGAGUGAGCCGCAUACUGGAUUAACUCUCAAGUGUGCCAAAUGUGGCGUUGUCUCGACAACUGCUUUAUCAGCAACUACAGCCAGCAACGCAAUGGCCUCGCUGUGGAGUUCCUGCGUCGUGCUGCCUCUUCUAGCUCUGACCUGGAUGUCGGCGGUGCUCGCCAUGACCGACAAACGCUCCAUCCUCUUUCAGAUUCUCUUCGCUGUUUUCGAUUCGCUGCAGGGUUUCGUCAUCGUGAUGGUGCACUGUAUCCUACGGAGAGAGGUCCAAGAUGCUUUCAGAUGUCGCCUACGAAACUGCCAAGACCCGAUCAGCGGUGAUGCAACAGGAACUUUCCCUAAUGGUCAUGCUCAGAUAAUGACGGAUUUCGAGAAAGACGUGGACAUCGCUUGCAGAUCAGCGCUCCACAAAGACAUGGGAUCCUGUCGUGCCGCCACCAUAACAGGCACUUUGUCUCGCAUUUCCCUGAACGACGAGGAGGACGAGAAAGCUCCCGAGGGCCUCAACUACUCUACGUUGCCUGGUAACAUCAUAUCCAAAGUCAUGAUCCAGCAGCCUUCAAACCUGCACAUGCCUAUGGGGGACCUGAAGGAGAAGUGCAUGGCGGAGAGCGGUGGCGGCGACAUACGCCGCACAGUCUACCUGUGCACCGACGAUGCCAUGCGGCAGAGUGACCAGGACAUGGGUGGCCAUGAAAUGGAGGGCCACCCCGCACAGGGCCAGAUGAUGGAGACAGACUACAUUGUGAUGCCUCGAUCCUCGGCGUCAGCGGUGCCGGGGAACAUACCCACGCUUCUAAAAGACGACACCAAGAUGAACAUCACGAUGGACACCUUGUCCAACGAGCGGCUGAUGCACUACAAGAUGAGUCCUGACUUCAACAUCAGCCCGUCCGGGAUGGACCACAUGAAUGUGAACCUGGAACAACAGUACCCGAGUGCUCCCGAGCAGAUGCAGAACCUGCCCUUCGAACCCCGCACCGCUGUCAAAAACUUCCUAGCAGAGAUGGAGGAGCACGGAGGCCUUUCCAGAAGUGAAACAGGGUCGACAAUCUCUAUGAGCUCCUUAGAGAGAAGAAAAUCAAGAUAUUCUGAUCUGGACUUUGAGAAAGUCAUGCACACCAGGAAAAGACACAUGGAGCUGUUCCAGGAACUGAAUCAGAAAUUUCAAACUCUGGACCGAUUUCGAGACAUACCAAAUAUGGGCAGCAUGGACAAGGCAAUGAUGCCAAACAAGAACCCAUGGGAGAGCUACAACCCGGCCUGUGAGUAUCAGAAUUACGCCACAAUGAAUGUACUUGACCCAAACACCAAGGACUCACUGGAGAUGACGCCUGCUGAGUGGGAAAAGUGUGUCAACCUCCCCCUCGACGUCCAGGAGGGCGACUUCCAGACGGAGGUGUAGAGGAGGAGUGCGGAGGAGAACAUUGAUGUAUUUUGCACUGAGAAAAAGCAACAGACUUUUCUAACAGCCUUGGCAAACAUAUCUGGAGGAUCUGAAGGGACUUUACGUGCCAACAAUAUAUGAACUUUUGAGAAGCGAAAACGGAGAAAAAUGGGAAAAAACAUCAGUGUUACUUUUUGUAUUCUCACUAGUGUACUUAGUGUGGGGCAGCCUGGUGUACAAUAUUUACCAUCAUGUGUUUCAACUGUGGAGAAAUUGGCCGUUUAAAAAAAAAAAAAAAAUAGGUUAAACCUCACAAACAUGCCAUGUGGUCCCAGCUUCGUCGGGUCCAGUUUGACUGGAUCCGGGAGCACAAUGUACAUACUUAUGCAGGUUUUUAAGAAGUUUAUAACAGUCUGUUUGGCCAUUACUACACUUUUUACUUUAUGAUAAAAAACAUGGGCGGCGGCGCAGAGUUUUUUCUGUCAUAUUAAAAAUGAAUGUUUGUCAAGCUACAUUCUUCAUUGCUUUAAAUGCAAUAAAGAUAAUAUUCACUUUUAUAUAAAUAAUAUAUUUCACAACUUUAAUACUGCAGACUCUGCUUGAAGGAUCCCGGCAAGCUCGCUCAUCUGCAGCUCUGUAUAAAAUAUUUAAAAAACAAAAUGUUGUAUGGUGUAAAUAAACUUUUGUCUACAUAUGUUUUACUUGUGCCAAUUUAUUUUAAUGAGAUAAAGAGAGAAAAAAAAAUGCCGACCUGAUCAAACGUUAUAGCAACAAAUGUUAACAUUUGAAAAGGAAUGUAAAUAAAAGAGGAAAUAUGUUCGUACUGCUUCAGCGCUCGUGUCCAGUUCAUGGUGUUUGUGUUUGGGACUGUUUGCUUCUGUGUUGUGUUUCUCUCUGCAACCAAUAUGUCAACUGAGAUGGCAUCAUUUGUUUGGAAGCUUCACAAGAAAGCAGACAGGGAUUCUCAAAAAAAACAAACAAACAAAAAAAAAAGCGUCAGGGCCCAUGAUGUUUGCUGACAGUAUAGUGAUUUGUAGUCAGGAGUAGCAAGGCAGCACACAUGUUGGAUGGAGUCGAGUCUGUGAAAACAGAUUCUCAAGAGUAAUGUAGGUGAAGAGGAGAGUGAAGGCAGGGUAGUGCAGGUGGAGAAGACUGAUCUCCUCCAUCAAGUGGCAGCUAUAACAGUAGUGAGGCCUGCCAUGAUGUUAGGUUUGACACCAAGACAGUAGAAGAAGAAGCAGCAGAGGAAAAGAUGCUCAUGCUGUUUUGGGAGUGGAGGAUUAGAAAGAGCUGCAUCAGAGGAAUGGCUUAUGUGAGAGGUGAGGAGAAAAGGUUGGCAUGAACAUAUGUAUCAAUGCCAUCUCCAAAGGAAAAGUAAUGUCGGAUUCACAAUAUGAAUUGCUGACUUCAGAAAGGUGUUUCCAGUGGCUUUGAAUCCCGUCAGAAAAGGAUACACAUACAUGGCUCCACACCAAAUGCCACUUGGUUUCACAGCCAAGUUCAGCCAGUGCUCAAGCUGAGAGGGGAUGAAACUCCCCAUUUCCAUCCCUCCCAUUUUCUUACAGUACAUGUUGUGUUUUAUGGCUCCGACUCCCCUCACCCUGCACAAACAGUAGUGACAAUUACUCACGUCAACCCUCCACUCGCGCCCUGCUAAAAACACAACUACAUCACGCAGAAAACUGAAAUUGCUCCUGAAAGAAAGUGGAAGUGAUGAGAGAGUUUUUUCUUUUCCUCUCACGAAUCUAAGGAGGAAGAAAAAGUGAUCAAGCGACCCAAGAGGGAGGUGAGGUAAGCAGUGCUGGACAGUCUGUCAGCCUAAUGUGGACUUCUGAGAGUUGUUCGCCGUGAACAAGUUCAUUGAGACGUUUCCUUCCGACACAAAGCUCUUGCAGCGUAAUGAGUUCCGACUCAAAUGCCUCCACCAGCGCAGCCACAGAACCAUGUUCUGCGGCAGGAGAGGAAACGCCCUGC